AUCGCAUUGAAAUAGCACACAACAACCCUCCCUCAACCCACGACCUGUGCGCACCGUCAAGAUGGCCGACACUGUCGAUGAUACUAUGCUCAGCCCGGACAACUUGACUCGGCUCCGUACCGCAGCUGGCGUGGCUUCAGAGGUCCUCAAGGAAGUGACUGGAUGGCUCGCCGACGGCGAAAAGAUUGUUGACCUGUGUGAGCGAGGAGAUGAGUUGGUUGAGAAGAAGCUCAGCACUGUCUACAAGGGAAAGAAUGUUUUGAAAAGCACAAACACCCCUGUCACAAUCAGCCCGAGCAGCCAUAUCACGCCUUUCACUCCUCUGAAAUCCGACGCCGAAGAUGCCGCCAUGACUAUCAAGGCCGGCGAGCUGGUCAAGAUCCAGCUGGGUGCGCAGAUUGGCGGCUUCGGUGCCAUUGUGGGAGACACCGUUGUCGUGCCGCAAGAGAAAGGGAAGAAGGCUGAGAUCACGGGCAGAGAUGCCGACCUGCUGUUGGCCACACACUAUGCAAACGAGCUGCUGUUAAGACUCAUGAUCCCUCCUGGACUUCUGGCUACAGGCUCAGACGAAGAAAAGGCGAAAGCUGCCGCCGAGAAACCACCCACCCACAGUAAAAUCACCGCUCUGGUUGAAAAGAUUGCCAAAUCGUAUGAUGUGAACGUGGUUCAGCACACCACAUCUUGGAUGUUUGAGCGCAAUGACAUCGAGGGAAAGAAGAAGAUCAUCCUAUCGCCCCACGAUGGAACCAAAGGUGACGGCACACCAGAAGUUGGCGAAGUCUGGGGUGUUGAGGUUGGUAUGAGCUUGGGAUCUGGCAAAGUGAAGGACUUGGACAAGCGCUCGACUCUGUUAAGACGCACCAACACAACGUACGGACUCAAGAGACCUAGUUCUCGGCAGACCUUGUCCGAAAUUGUCAAGAAAUUCGGCACCUUCCCCUUCAGUCUCCGUCAGUUAGAGGAUGAGAAAGCUGCAAAGGUGGGCGUGAUCGAGUCAGUCCGGGCUGGUGUGCUCAGAGAGUACAAGCCCUCGGCUGAAGCUGACGGUUCCCCUGUCUCGAGGCUUUUCACUACCAUCGCUAUAACUAAGAACGGGCUCACUCGUCUGGCAGCCCCUCCUGCUUUGGACUUGGACUCAAUCAAAUCCGAUAAGAAGAUUGAGGACGAAGAGAUUCUGAAGAUCCUAGAGCGACCAACCAACAAAUCUACUGGCUCAAAGAGCAAGAACAAGAAAAAGAAGAAGAAGCCCGUUAAGAAAGCCGCCGCGGCUGAAGCAGACUCUGACUCGGAUGAUUCCAGCGAUGAUGAAUGAGCAAUCAUUCUGCCGUCCGUUCAAAAUGCGCCUUCAUGACGCGAUUCUUGUUCCUCCGGUUGAUGAACGAAUUGUGACGGGCCUUCGCUGGUAGCGAGGCUGGGUUGCAGGCCGCGGCCUUGGGUCACGUCGAUGGAGCGUGUUUCAAGUCAGUACCUAGGUAUCCGCUGGAAACAUUCGCACUUGAUCCUGUGAGGUCCAUGUAUGGAUAUAGACCCAUGAAUUGCAUGAGACGGGCUAGAGAAGAUACAUGAUAUCCAAGGAAAAUAAAAAGCAUCGAGUUCAAUUGC